GCUCUGUCUAUAGGUGUGGACUUCCUCUGCUUCAAGCAGCCUGAGAGGACACUUCUAUGAUGGAGUCACUUAAGCCCCUUUCUAAAAUACUUAUAUGAAGACCCAGAAUUAGAGCUUCCCUCACCAUGGACUUUCAGAAAAUAUACUAGGGCUCGGUGCGUGGCUGACUCCCCGUGUGGAUCCCCUGUGCCGUUGGCUUCGAGCGGCUUCGACAGCCCGGGGAGAAAGAAAAAUGGGAAACAGCAUGCGAUCCACCCCGGCGCCCCCCGAGAGGCCUCUGCCCAACUCAGAGGAACUGGACAGUGACUUUCUGGCUGUGCUGAGCGACUACCCAUCUCCCGACAUCAGUCCCCCGAUAUUCCGCCGUGGGGAGAAACUGCGUGUGAUUUCUGAUGAAGGGGGCUGGUGGAAAGCCAUCUCGCUUAGCACCGGUCGAGAAAGUUACAUUCCUGGAAUAUGCGUGGCCAGAGUUUACCAUGGUUGGCUGUUUGAAGGCCUGGGCAGAGACAAGGCUGAGGAGCUGCUGCAGCUGCCGGACACGAAGAUUGGCUCGUUCAUGAUCAGAGAGAGUGAGACCAAGAAAGGUUUUUAUUCCCUCUCAGUGAGACACCGGCAGGUGAAGCAUUACCGAAUCUUCCGUCUGCCAAACAACUGGUAUUACAUUUCCCCGAGGCUCACCUUCCAGUGCCUGGAGGACCUGGUGAAUCACUAUUCCGAGGUGGCCGACGGCCUCUGCUGUGUGCUGACCACGCCCUGCCUCACUCAGACGGUGGCAGCCCCAGCAGUAAGGGCCUCCGACUCACCCGUCACCCUGCGCCAGAAGACCUUCAACUGGAGGAGGGCGAUAAGCAGACAGCAAGAGGACCCAGAGAGGGCAGAGAGCCCAGUCGGUGUGGACGAGUCCCUUUUCAGCUACGGCCUUCGGGAAAGCAUCGCCUCGUACUUGUCCCUAACGGGAGAUGAUAGCACUUCCUUUGACCGGAAGAAGAAAAGCGUGUCCCUGAUGUACAGUGGGAGCAAAAGGAAGAGCUCUUUCUUCUCGUCACCACCGUACUUUGAAGACUAGCCGGAGAACAGACACCAUGGUGUUUGCCCAAAAGAACAGAGGUUAUGACUGUCACCUGGCAUCCUGCACAGAGGCACAUGGUCCCUGGGGAAACUCACGUCUUCCAGAAGCCAAGAGAAGCCACGUGGAGAACUGAACUCUUGUCUUCUGUAUCCACAUCAUGACAGAGGGAACCCCUCCCUGGCAUCUGAUCAGGCACACUGCAAAAUGUUGACUCCUGGCAUCUUCGUGCAAGGGGGUCAGAAGAGCCGUGUGUGUGUGUGUGUGUGUGUGUGUGUGUGUGUGUGUGUGUGUGUGUGUGUGUGUGUGUGUGUGUGUGUGUGUGUGUGUGUGUGUACGCUAUGUCUGUGCAAAAGACAAAGAUGCUCUCUCACAAGAAAGUGCACUGGUGCCGCUCUCCAGCACACCACCCAGCUGGGCUCCCUCUGAGGCCACUAGAGAAAACUUCUCAAUGAGAAAAGCCUGAGAAGAAAAUGAGCCAGAAGCUACAGCCUGGCAGACAAUCUGGGUCUGCAAAUCGACCCCCUGCACUGAACUUUUGAAACCCAUCUGUAAAGAGAGCCCUCUGGGCUGCAGCUCCUCUCUUUCUAGGGGAGCUCAGUGACACUAAACGCUAACUUUACUUAUGAGGCCCCAGUCGGAAGAUCCCUUUGGACUUCUAGCUCCAAAACUACGUGUGUAGAAGUCAGCUGACUUCCCUACUUAUGCAGAGACCAGGGGAAAUGGGAGAGGAGGUGGCUGCCAAUGGGGAAAGCACAAGGGCAGGCCUGGAACUGAGCAAGAUUUCGCGACGACACCAACCAUGGCUCACAGCACAGAAAGGGCUUCUCUGGGAUGCUGAGGUUCUUGCCUAUCUUAAUGCACCCAUUAUUCAUUCGUGAUUACCAGAAGAGGCAUUGUGUUAAGUCUGUAGGUAUCAGGUAUCAGGCCCAGCAGUAUAGACAGGAAGAAAAUAUUUGUAUAGACAAAUAUUGUGGAAGUAGUGUGCUGUGCUAAGUCGCUUCAGUCAUGUCCGACUCUUUGUGACCCCCUGGACUGUAGCCCGCCAGGCUCCUCUGUCCGUGGGAUUCUCCAGGCAAGAAUACUGGAGUGGAUCGCCGUGUCCUCCUGGGACUAGGUGACCCAGGAGUUCAUGUCUCAGCUGGAUCCUUAAGUAGUGGGAGGGCUGGCUGGACUGGAUAAGUAAGAUUGGUUGGAUUUUUUGAAAAAAGGAACUUGAUAAGUUCUAAAGAAAUCAUCCAUCCAGUAUCUUCUAAAAAGAGUCUGUCAGCCACAUGAAUAAAAAUGCUAAGCUCCAGAAAAGAGGGGAACCAGAGUGGCUUAAUUCUGUCAAACAGAAUUUUAAGAGAUGAGAGAGAAAACACCACAAAUUUCUGGAGAAGGAGAAGCGAUUCUCUCCGGAUCCUGUUAGGAAGGGGUUGCAGUUGCCUCUAGGACCUGUUUCCCCGCCGUUGCAAAGGGGUUCCGGGAGAGGAGGGGUGCUGCUGAUAGGAAGAGUCUGUCUGCUCAGCAUGUGCAUUCCAGCCAUCUGAGAUCACUGCCCUGGUGGUGUGUGCACAUGCGUUUACACGAUUUUCUGUAUCAUCGGAUUCCAGAGUGUUUAUCCAAGAGGACGUUUGUGGUUUCCUCAACACUCCCCACCGGCUAUUUCUAAAGGGCCGGCCGAUGUAUGGGAAAUGAAUGUAACUCUGGGGACGCCAACUCCCCACCUCACCAACGGCAGAAGUGUGUACUCUGUCUUCUGUAUUGCUUUCCGUUGUAACCAACGAAUGGUUGGAACGUUCGGGGAGAACUCGGCGGGGCAGGUUUCAAAUGGGAAGCAUUACAUUUUGCUAAAUCAUGUAUUUAUUCCUGAUUAAAAUAAGCCUAAUAAAUAUUUAAUUCUCGGGGACU